GAACGUUAGAUGAAUUGUGCUAUGAAAAAGUUUGAAACGUUAGAAUAUAUAUGAAGAUAAUUAGUAUUAUUAUAAUUUUCUCCCGCCACGUUAGGUAGAGGCAGCUCGAAGUUCCCACCUUCUUGUUCUUACUGCGUUGAAUGAAAAGUCUCAAAUCAAUCCAAAAUUUUCAUUUUCUAAACCAUCUCAUGCUCCAAAUUUCUAGACCCUCUUCACCAAUCUCUUGACUUCCAAACGUUUUGGUUGCUUAAUCUGUUCUAUUUCGCUAUUUUUUGUCCAACGGUCAAUCACACAGUUCAGAUUGUUCUUGGUAUUUUUUCAUUUUUCAAAUUCUUUGAAUUUUCUAAUACAAUUUUCCUCGACGUAGUUACCAAGGAGCUAAAUUCUCCGCCAUUUGGAUUUGCUAUAUUAUCUUCCGUUCACCCAAUAAUGCAAUCUGCAACUGGGUUCGUACUGAAGCGAGUUAACCAUGGCCGUUUCCAGCAAGAUUUUGGUGAUUUCUAUGGCGAUUCUCGUAGCUGUUUGUUCAACUGAAGCGUUAGACCCUAAUGUGACCCGGAUUCAGUUCUACAUGCAUGAUAUCGUGAGUGGUCCGAACCCCACCGCGAUUCAAGUCGCCGGCCGGCAGACGAACUAUGCUGGUACGGAUCCAAUCGCCGCCAUGUUUGGGUCUGUUUUCAUGAUGGAUAACCCACUCACGGUGACGCCGGAGUUGAACUCGACGUUGAUAGGUCGUGCUCAGGGGAUUUAUGCAAUGUCGGCGCAGCAGAAUGAGUUCAGCCUUUUGAUGACGCUUACCUUCGGGAUGACCGGCGGACAGUACAACGGUAGCUCGUUCAGCGUCGUUGGGCGGAAUCCCAUCAUGAACGAAGUCCGGGAGAUGCCGGUCGUCGGAGGGACGGGGAUUUUCCGGCUGGUUCGUGGGUAUUGCUUAGCUAGGACAUUCUCUUUCAGGAAUAUGGAUGCUGUGAUUGGCUACAACGUUACGUUGAUUCACGAUCUCUACGACUACUCCCGUUGAAGAUGGUUGAGGAUUCCGUAUUUUUGGAUGAGUUCCAUUAUAUCUGUAUUGAAUAAAUCUUCGUAGUCUAGAGCAUGUACAUUCAUAUUUCCAAUUAGCAAGUGCAUUCUACGAGCAUCAUUAACAUACCAUAAUUUAUUAUAUUAAAUGAAACUGUUUCUAUAUAGGGUUGUGUAGCAAAUAGGGGUUUGGUCAAUGGAGACCGUUUAAACUUUUAUGGGCAUUCAAUGUGAUUUAGUUGCCUGCCAUUUAUGUGUUUGAGUUAUGUAUCUGCUUUAUAUGACCAUAUAAUUUUGCAUGCGAA